CCCCUCACCAACAGGACCUCAUGGAAACAAACCAUACAUCUGUGCCCCUAUCAUUGUUGCCGUUUUGAAGAAAUUCUGACUCUGUGCACAUUUCCCUUCCCCGCAUCUGCGAACAGUGUCGCGAAGUCUAAUUCUGGAAAAGAUCGGACGUUGGUGAGAAGCUUAAACGAAACACUGUCUCGGAGCCUCGCCCUCCGAGUCCCCUCUCCACCGUGUAAACAUCCGCCAUUUGCCAGAGUGCCAAAUGCUUGACUACUCCUGGGAUAGCCUGCCGUCGUUCCUAGAAGUCUAUAUCGAUGAUGCGAGGGAUACUAUAUUUUGAUUGCUUGUGCGGCGACAUGGAGAUUACACUGUCUCAUGAGGGGGAGCGGAGAAGGGCGAGUAUAAAGCCCAUGCAUCCCUCGAUGAUCGUCGCUCUGCGUGCUUGCUGAAGCUCUUGCGGAUUCUUGGCUCUUGUCUCAAUCGCUGUUCCUUGUAUUCACGAUGCUUUUCUCGGCGAUUCUCACAGCGGGCCUCGUGUCCUCGGCCGCGGCUUUAGCUGCACCGCCUCGCUGCCGUGCCAAUUCCAACUACAAAGGCUGGGCUUCGAUGAAGCAUGCAUUCAUUUUCGGCGACUCCUACACGACCACCGGGUUCGAUGUGUCCCAAACCCAGCCAGCACCGGGCAAUCCUCUGGGUAACCCCCCAUACCCGGGCUGGACCGCCGCAAAUGGCCCCAAUUGGCCCGACUUCCUCACUGUCAAGUACAACGCCUCUGAAAUAUUGACGUACAACUUGGCAUACGGUGGCGCGACCGUAUCAUCCUCGCUCGUGAAGCCAUACCAAGACACUGUGCUAUCCCUCUCAAGCCAAGUGGAAGACCUCUUUAUCCCAAACUACGCCUUCAAUGGUAAAUGGAAGAGCAACGAUUCCGUCUUCGGCAUCUUCAUCGGCAUCAACGAUGUCGGAAACUCGUUCUACUUGGGCGACGAUGCGGUCCCCAUCUUAAACAAGAAGAUCUUCGCCGUCUAUGACGGUCUCGUCAAGGAGCUCUAUAAUACUGGCGCGAGGAAUUUCGUUUUCCUCAACGUGCCGCCCACAGACAGGAGUCCGUUGAUGAUUGGCCAAGGUGCAGACAGCGCAGCUCUCAUUGCAAAGGAUUUGAAGGCCUUUAACAGCGCUAUCGCGAGUCUAGCCGCGAGCGUCAGGAAGAACUAUGCCGAUUCGAACGUUUUCACGGUAGAUGCGUGGCAGGCGUUUACGGACGUGCUAAAUAAGCCCGCUGCGUUCCCCGCCACGGCUGGAUACAAGAAUACCACCGCGUACUGCGAGGCAUAUCAGAAUGGUACCCCAGCGCAAGAUACCCUCGACCCCUCGUGCGGCAUCCCAGUCAACCAGUAUUUCUGGCUCAACAGCCUGCACCCCACGUCGCCCAUGCACGAUGUGCUCGCGCAGAAGGUGGCAGCGCAGUUGAAGAGCGGACCGAACGUGUGUUAGACGCGCGAGUGUACAGGCUUGGAGAUAUCAGCGAGCAGGCCGUUUGGAUUUUCCAACUAUGGAUUCUGGAAUGAGCGAUUAAUUCAAAGAUCUGAAGCAUGGUCUUGUUUGCGUUAUGCUCCCUACGUCCGCGAACGUAUGAAGCCAACGAGGAAGACAUGAGUUGUAGAUACUAGAUAACAUAUUACAUGGUUCAGUAGGAGAAGGGGGGCAAUAGAAUGAAUUCCAU